GGCAAUAUCAGCAGGUAAAUGCUCCUGAAGACCAGGCAGACAAGUUGCUCCUUGCAAGCUGGGGUCUUCCCAAAGCAGUUCUGGAGAAAUACCACAGUCUGGGAGUAGUACGGAUGUUUGAAUGGCAAGCAGAAUGCCUAAUGCUCGGGCAAGUUCUGGAAGGGAAGAACCUAGUUUACUCAGCUCCUACCAGUGCUGGAAAGACUCUUGUUGCAGAAUUGCUUAUUUUGAAGCGGGUCCUGGAGACUCGUAAGAAAGCUCUUCUCAUCCUUCCUUUUGUCUCUGUGGCCAAGGAGAAAAAAUGUUAUCUGCAGGCCCUGUUUCAAGAGGUGGACGUGAGAGUUGAAGGCUACAUGGGAAGCAUGUCUCCUGCUGGACGUUUCUCUGCCUUGGAUGUUGCUGUCUGCACCAUUGAGAAAGCCAACGGUCUAAUCAAUAGACUAAUAGAAGAAAACAAAAUGGACUCACUGGGAGUGGUGGUUGUGGAUGAGUUACACAUGCUGGGAGACUCUCAUCGAGGAUAUCUGCUGGAACUCCUUCUGACCAAAGUUAGAUAUGUUACAGAGGAGGCUGCAAAACGACAGGCAAAGAUGACCAGUCCUGGUUUUGGUGGCAUACAGAUAGUAGGCAUGAGCGCUACCCUCCCUAACUUGGGACUUCUAGCCUCAUGGUUAGAUGCAGAGCUAUACUGUACGGAUUUUCGCCCUGUGCCCCUCAAGGAGUGGGUGAAAAUUGGCAGCAACAUUUAUGACUCCUCCAUGAAUUUAGUGCGAGAAUUCCAGCCCAAGCUUCAACCGAAGGGAGAUGAAGACCAUGUUGUGAGCCUGUGUUAUGAGACUGUUUGCGAUGGCCAUUCAGUCCUGCUUUUCUGUCCAUCCAAGAACUGGUGUGAGAAGCUGGCAGACAUCAUUGCCAGGGAAUUCUACUGUUUGCAACAGGCUGAGAGUUCUGCAAAAAACUCAGCCCUUGUCCCAGUUGUUGUGGACAGAGAAGGGAUUGAUGAGGUUCUGGAUCAACUAAAGCGUUCUAUCUCAGGCCUGGACUCUGUGCUCCAACGUACUUUGCCGUGGGGAGUGGCAUUUCAUCACGCAGGUCUCACUUUUGAUGAACGGGACAUCAUUGAAGGAGCCUUUCGCCAAGGUUUGAUUAGAGUCCUAGCAGCAACCUCCACACUCUCAUCUGGAGUGAAUUUGCCUGCACGCCGAGUAAUUAUACGCACUCCCAUGUUUGGUGGCAAACUGCUGGACAUUCUUACUUACAAGCAGAUGGCUGGAAGGGCUGGCAGGAAAGGAGUAGACACAGAGGGUGAGAGCAUUUUAGUUUGCAAGCCCUCAGAAAGAUCAAAAGGAACUGCUCUACUUCAGGGAUCUCUCAAGCCUGUUUGCAGUUGUUUGCUUAGAAGAGAAGGGGAAGGUGUUGCUUCUAGCAUGAAAAGAGCAAUACUUGAGAUCAUAGUGGGGGGAGUGGCCAACACUCCAGAUGACGUGCAGACGUACGCUUCUUGCACUCUUCUUGCAUCCAGCUUGAAAGAAAGCAAGUGGGGAAAUGAGAAACCACAAGAAAAAGUACAGACUGGACCUAUUGAGGCUUGUGUGGCAUGGCUGCUGGAAAAUGAAUUCAUUCAGGUUCUGGACUCUGGCAAUGGUGUGAAAGCAAAGGUGUAUCAUCCAACACAUCUUGGCUCAGCUACUCUUUCCUCCUCUCUUUCACCAAUUGAAGCCAUGGAAAUCUUUGCUGACCUGCAGCGAGCUAUGAAAAGCUUUGUUCUGGAGAAUGAUCUGCAUAUUGUCUAUUUGGUCACUCCAGUGUAUGAGGAGUGGACCACAAUUGACUGGUACCAGUUUUUCUGCUUAUGGGAGAAGCUGCCCGCUUCAAUGAAACGUGUGGCUGAGCUGGUGGGGAUUGAAGAAGGCUUUCUGGCUCGCUCUGUAAAGGGCAAAAUCAUAGCUAAAACAGAGAAACAGCAUAGACAAAUGGCCAUCCACAAAAGGUUUUUCACCAGUCUGGCCCUUCUGGAUUUAAUCAGUGAGGUUCCCUUAAAAGACAUGACCAAGAAAUACAACUGUAGUCGUGGCCAGCUUCAAUCCUUGCAGCAAUCUGCUGCCACCUAUGCAGGAAUGGUAACGGUUUUCUGUAAUCGACUGGGCUGGCACAACAUGGAGCUGUUGCUCUCUCAGUUCCAGAGCCGCCUCACUUUUGGGGUUCAGAGGGAGCUUUGCGACCUGGUACGAGUGUCUCUGGUGAAUGCACAGCGUGCUAGGAUGCUUUACAAUGCUGGCUUUGUCACAGUGGCUGAUCUUGCUAAAGCCAGUCCUGAUGAUGUGGCAACUGCUCUGAAGAAUUCAGUACCAUUCAAAAGUGUUCGUAGGGCUGUGGAUGAAGAUGAAGAAUCAGCAGAGGAGCGUCGGACUGUGCGCAGCAUCUGGAUGGCUGGAAUGAAAGGCUUAACCGAAAGAAAAGCAGCUUCCCUCAUUGUGGAGGAAGCCAGGGGACUUCUCCAGCAGGAUUUGGCACUGAUGGGGGUGCAGUGGAACCCAGAGUCUUUUCUUGAGACUGAUACAUCCUCUGUGAUCAGCAGUGAGUCAGAACUGGAAGACAGACUACAUAGAUCAAAUGGAGAGUCUUCUGAGUCUUCGAGGGUGUUAAACAAAAAAGGGUGCAGAGUUCAACAUCGUAAUGGCCUUGGUUCUUGGACUGGAAACUUAUCGAAUAUUAAAAAGGGAUGUAAAAGGCAGCUUAGUGGUAGUACAGAAAACUCCAGAUUCGAGAGUGAAGUCCCAGGCAUGGGACAGGCUCAAGCAGAGGAAGGCAGUGACGAUAUUGUGUACAGUGCUAGAAAACGGCCAAAUACAUGCAGAGAUAAUGAAAACGUAGCAGGAAUUUCUCUGGUCAAAACCACAAUGGAGUCUAGGAGAGCAAUUCCAGAACUUCCUACUGAACAAGGAAAAACACCAACAUUGAGAACAAAGUCUUCAGCCUCUAGAUUGACAAAAAAUGUGAAGUGUGCCGAGGCAAUAGUUGGUAAGCAGCAAAUGGCUUUAGACACAGAUCAUGGUAAUGUAACUGCUAGCUGCUCUGGAAGUGGACAUGUCCGUGGUGGCAGCAAGAUACAGAAGCCUGUGGACUUUUGUCCUAGUGAGGAUAAAUCCUGCCAUAUUCAGAUUCAGAAUGGUGGCAAAAAUGGGAGUGAAAAUGCCAAUGGAAUAUUGUUACAAGCUGGAGCACUGCAGAAAGCCAACAGUCAUCCUAAGGGUCUUCUGAAGGACUCUCUAGUAACAUCCAGAGGUGCUUGCUACGCAGAUGAUGUUCACAAUGGUCCAUCCUCUGAUCCGUUUUCUGACUCCAGAGACUUUGAAGACAGCUUCCGGUUGGAUACUCAAACUGAGAUGAUAAUAAAACAGGAGGGAGCAGCUGGAAUCACAGGGCAGCAGGGAAUACGAGGUUCAGAACUGGCAGCAAUACCACGGCAGAAAAUCUCCAAGAAACUAAGCACUUCACGGACUGAGAAUGCUACUGAUGAAAGGCUGGCUGCAACAGUUAGGAAACUGGGCUUAUCAAGUGUUAUCACAGCAAAUAACGUUUCAAAAAACACAGCUCAGAACUGCAGUAAUAAAGUUUUGGAGUCUGGAGGCCUUAAUUUACAGCCUGUAGUGAAGGAAAUAGAAUCUGCACCUUGCCUUAAAGAAAGCGAUUUCUCAGUGACCGACUCCCAGCUACACAGUUUUCUACAAGAUUACCAGACCCAAAAUUCAGUGAAAGGGGAGAGCGUGUCUAAAGACCUUAAAGCAACCUCCCCUUUUGGUGGGGAGUACAUUGUACAAGUAGAAUGCGACCCUGUCACCAAAACAAGCCUGAAUAUGAGUGAUAGCUUGCUGUUUGACGAUAGCUUCAGCAAUGUCAGCGACCUUUCAGCUGUUCACAUCACGGAAGCUGACAGAAAGGGCCCUGUGGAGAACCAAGAGGCUUUGCUUCCUCCAGAAGGCCUUUUGCAGAACCUAGGGCCUGUUCAGAAUAAGUUUGAUGUCAGUAGCAAACAGAAAGAGCAUGAGGAUGCUGCGCAGCGUAACAGUGUGUCUCUAGCAUUCUCUGAUCUAAUAGCUGAUGUUUUAGAUCAUGCAAACUCCCCGCCUUUUCUGGAAGAUCUUCCUUCUACCUUCCACGGUCAGUCAGGAUUAAGAAUUUGUAACAAUGACUCCAGACCAAAGGAUUUAGUAGAACAAGGUGAAAAGCUCCAGAGAAGCCAGCAAGCUUUAGGCAAGAAAACCCAUCCAGUCAUGUGGACUGACCGCUCAUUUGAACUCACCCCAGGAUUGCAGGAUGUGUUAGACAAAUGGCCUAGUCCCUCAGGCACUGAAUCAGUUCCGGUAAGCUCCUGCUUGAAAGGAAAGUUAGUUGCUCCUGUUGUUAAUCAAGAGCCAGAUCCAGUUUUUGAAUCUGACUGUUGUCAGCUACAGCCUUUGCCCACUUGCAAGAAUUUGAAAAACUUCUUCAAGGUUAAAGAAAAUGAAAUGGAAACCUCAGAUCUUCAGAAAACAGACUGCAUAAUGCUUCCACUCAAGGGAAGCAACAGAACAUCCUGUCCUCCACCAGAUAUUAAUAAUGGGUUUAUUCCUCCAACACCCCCCAAAGAGCUUUUUCCAAAGAGUUCCAUUUCUCUCUCUGUGAAAUCUGCAAGGAAGAGACAAGUCGCCUGCAUGAAUGAAGGGCAGCUGAUUCAGCCACAGCAGAAUAGUGAGGGCAAUGCAGAGCAGCAGGUAAAAACACUCCAGGUCAGUCUUGGGAUUGUAGACCCAAUUGAGACUGAUGAGAUAAAAGAUGAUUCCACUAUAGACCAAAGCUUUUCACUGCAGCUGUCUCAGGAUGUUUUUCCACUCGUUCCCUUAAGUGCUGAAAGUUUCACUAUUAUUGAUGUAGCAAGUGACAAAGCACUUUUCCAGACUUUUGUUGCAGAGUGGAAGCAGAAGAGCAGAUUCUCCAUCUCAGUGGCAUGCGAAAGAACAAAAUGUCUUUUGUCUCCCAAAUCAACGAUUGGUGGCAAAUUCAGAAAAGUAAGUUCUCCUCAGUGGAUGCACGUUAAAGAUGAUGGAUUUCCUGUCCAAGGCUGUGAAGACAUCUUGGUAGUUGGACUGGCAGUAUGUUGGGGUGGAAAAGAUGCCUACUAUAUCUCCUUGCAGCAGAUACAGGACCAGAAUGAAAUCAGUAUGAGUUUGGCACCUCCGCCUUUGGACAAAAACCUAUCUGUAACAGAGAGACUGUAUCAUCUGCAGCUGUACCUGCAGAAGAAACCCAAGUGGGAGCGCUCACUUGUCAUGUAUAACUUCAUUCAGCACUACAAGACUCUGGUGAUGGCUUGUGGCAUCUCCUUGGAAGGAAGUUUUGAGGACCCAAAGGUGGCAUGUUGGCUGCUUGAUUCUGGCUCUAAGGAACGUACACUUCACAACAUGGUGACUAACUUUCUUCCCAACGAGCUGCCUCUGCUGGAAGGGGUAGGCACCGGCCAAGGGGUGCAGAGCCUGGGGCUUAGUGCCAGCGGAGAUCAUUCUGGGCGUUACAGAGCAGCAAUAGAGUCUGUGCUUGUCUUCAAUGUCAUGAACCAACUCCAUAAUGAAUUACAGAAGGAAAAUCUGACAGAUGUAUUUUCUAAAGUGGAGAUGCCCACCCAUUAUUGCUUGGCUCUGCUGGAGCUGAACGGCAUUGGUUUUAGCACAACUGCAUAUGAAACCCAGAAACAGGUCAUGCAAGCUAAACUGAGCGAGAUUGAGAUGAAGGCAUAUCAGCUGGCAGGCCACAGCUUCUCCUUGACCAGCCCUGAUGACAUUGCAGAG